GUGCACGCGACUAGUAUCUCAAAAUCAAGAUGGCUGCACACAGCGCUGUGCUCUCGAUGUCCAAAAUUAUAAAUCCUUUCUGGGGUGGACGUCUUGGAAACACGGUUAAAGUAUUUGGAACAACUCUGACAAGUCACAGGAAUAAGACUAUUACUAGAGACAACAUUCCCCCUCCUGCAAAGUAUGGAGGCAGACACACUGUUACCCUCAUUCCCGGAGAUGGAAUUGGUCCAGAGCUGCUCAAUCACGUCAGAGAGGUGUUCAGGUUCAGCUGCGUGCCAGUGGACUUUGAGGUGGUGCAUGUCAACUCUGCCAUAGAGACUGAGGAUGAUAUAAAAAAUGCCGUCACUGCCAUUCGCCGCAAUGGAGUUGCCCUCAAAGGUAACAUAGAAACCAAACAUACCAUGCCGCCAUCUGUCAAAUCCAGAAAUAAUGUUCUACGCACGAGCUUAGACCUGUUUGCCAACGUGAUGCACUGCCAGUCGCUCCCUGGAGUCCAGACACGCCACAAGAACAUCGACAUCAUGAUCAUCAGGGAGAACACAGAGGGAGAGUACAGCAGUCUGGAGCACGAGAGUGUAUCUGGGGUAGUGGAAAGUCUCAAGAUCAUCACCAGGAACAAUUCCCUCAGGAUUGCCGAGUAUGCCUUCAAUCUGGCCAGGGAGAAAGGUCGCAAAAGGGUCACCGCUGUGCACAAGGCUAACAUCAUGAAGCUCGGCGAUGGCUUGUUCCUGCAGUGCUGCAGAGAAGUGGCCUCUGGUUACCCGGACAUCACAUUUGACAGCAUGAUUGUGGACAACACCUCCAUGCAGCUGGUGUCCAAGCCCCAGCAGUUUGAUGUGAUGGUGAUGCCCAAUCUGUAUGGGAACAUAGUGAGCAACGUGUGUGCAGGCCUGGUGGGAGGGCCUGGACUCGUGCCUGGGGCUAACUAUGGCCGGGACUAUGCUGUCUUUGAAACGGCCACAAGGAACACAGGGAAGAGCAUUGCGGACAGAAAUAUUGCUAACCCCACUGCCAUGCUGCUAGCCAGCUGCAUGAUGCUGGACCACCUUAAGCUUUAUGACUAUGCGACCAUGAUCCGAAAUGCAAUCCUCACCACCAUGAAUGAAACCAGGUUGCACACAGCUGAUAUCGGGGGUCAGGGCACCACAUCAGAGGUGGUCCAGUCCAUCAUGAGGGUCAUCCAGAGUAAUGGGCAGCUCACGCUUUGAGUUAUAAACACACACACACACACACACACACACACACACACACAUGGAAGUGUGAGUUUGAACAGGUUAUCCAUGCAUGUCUGUUUCCAUAGCGUCAGGUCCUUUUUUUUUUCUUGUUCACACGGCUUACUGAUCACUGUACAAACAAGCUUUCAUUCACACACCUGCGUGUUUCACAUGUAACAUUGACCUUCAGAGACAGAUUUUAAAACGGUUUACUUUUGAUCAAAUUCCAUCAUUAUACUGUAUAGAUAUUUCCUGAGUUCAUCAGGCUCAUUCAGUUAAAAUAUGUGUUCUUACAAAUUGUUCUAUAACAUGAAAAGGCCUUUUUGUUACAAAUGUUUCCGUUAGCCUGACAUGUUGAGGUGAGAAAUAGUUAAAAAUCCUAAUAUGCAAAAGCAUUCGUUAUUGUGGAUCAUUAUUUAUUUUCUAAAUUACCACUUUUUUUACAGCCUUUAAAUCAACCAAAAUGUGCUAUGUCCAUGCAACACCUUACCUUUAUUUUGUCAUAUUGUAACUUAAAUGUCACUGUGCCUGUUAUAUGCCGUUCUGUCCUGUGUGUUCACAUCAGAUCAACUGUACUAAAAAAAACUGUUAUGUAGCUCAUUCAUACAUACUGUAUUAGAGGAGGUGCUUGGAUCAUAUUGCAAUAAUAUAUCAUUUUAAAGCCUGAUAUGACGAGAAUGAUUUUAUCACAGCUGUGGAUGGGUAUAUAUGUACUGUAAAACACAAAUAUUAUGAAUAAAGAAUUGAUCUGCCA